AUGAGUUCCGCACGAUUCUUGAUCAUCUUCGCCGGUCUGAUCGCCGCUUGCUCCGCCGGUUUGAUACCAGCAGCGGUCCCAGCCGCGGUUGCGGCUCCUGUCCCAGCUGCCCUCACGGUCGGAACGUACGCUAGCAGCUACAACGCCCACGCGAUCAACCACGCGAUCGCUGCACCUUACAUCGCCAGCCCUGUGGUCGCCCAUGCCGCUGCCCCCAUCGCCCCGGUCGCCUCCUAUGCCUACUCCAGUUACCCGGCCGCGGCGCUGAUCGCCGGCAGACGCUGA